CAACUUUCAUUGUUAGACAGAGGAGAGAGAGAGAAGCCUUGUUGGUUGACGUCACUUGGUUCAUGAAGCCUUCGCCUAGAAGUGAAGCUGCUGAACAAACCUUGAGAAGAAUCAUCUCCUGCUUCAAUCUGCUGCUGGAUAGGAACUAAUCAGAGAGGCGGAAGACGGAGGAGGAGGGAGGCACGGGCUUUCCCGAUCACAAAUCUCACCUCCACUCCAACUCUCUUUACACUUUUUUUUUGCAAAAAUAUUAGUAAGGAGGUAGUGGGUUUUCCAAAAACAAAAAUCGUAACCUUCAGCCAUCUGGGGAAGGCAAAAACCCCAUUCACCGCAACUCUCAGUUGGAAAGUAAAGAUUUCCCAACAGUGAUGUCACAAGAUUGACCACAUUGAUCACAGUAUGGAGUCUGGAGAACGGUUACCAUCCUCAACAGCAUCUUCCACCACACCUACUUCAUCUUCUAUACCGUCUGUGGCUUCAUCAGUUUCAAAAGGGGGCCUUUCCACGGGAGCUGCUUCACUGAGCUCUACAAUCAACCCAUGUGGACAUUUAUUCAGAGCAGCUGGGGAUCAGCCGUUUAACCUGUCCACAGUGUCGAGUGCCUUCCCAAUGGUCAGCCACCCAGUCUUUGGUCUACAUUCAGCCAGCUCAGGGCAUUCAGAAUUUGGUGGUUUGGGGACACUUGGUACACCCACAGCCUUAGCCGCACAUCCCCAACUAGCAUCUUUUCCAGGUGCAGAAUGGUGGCGAACCACAGAUGUUCAUACUCGCCCAGGGGCAGCCUUCUUUCCGCCGUUACUGGGGAUUCCACCGCUGUUUGCUCCUCCAGCCCAGAAUCAUGAUUCUUCUUCAUUCCAUUCAAGGACUUCAGGAAAAAGUAAUCGAAAUGGUCCUGAAAAAGGUGUAAAUGGGUCAAUUAAUGGAAACAGUACAUCAUCUGUAACUGUUGGUAUCAACACAUCUGUACUGUCCACUGCUGCUUCAAGUUCAGUGGGACAAACAAAAAGUAUAAGCUCAGGUGGAGGAAAUCGAAAAUGUAAUCAAGAGCAAAACAAAAACCAGCCUUUGGAUGCUAGAGCUGACAAAAUCAAAGACAAGAAACCGAGGAAGAAAACUAUGGAAAGUUCUAGCAACAGUGAUAGUGAUUCGGGUACAUCAUCAGACACCUCAAGUGAAGGCGUUAGUAGUAGUGAUUCAGAUGAUCUGGAAGAAGAUGAAGAAGAAGAAGAUCAAAGUAUUGAAGAAAGUGAAGACGAUGAUUCUGAUUCAGAGACUGAAGCACAACAUAAAAGUAACAACCAGGUGCUAUUACAUGGUAUAUCAGACCCAAAGGCAGAUGGACAGAAAGCAACUGAAAAGGCCCAGGAAAAGAGAAUACACCAGCCAUUACCUCUUGUGUCUGAAUCCCAGACUCACUCAUCAUUCCAAUCCCAGAAGCAGCCUCAGGUUUUGUCACAGCAGCUUCCGUUUAUUUUCCAAAGCUCUCAGGCAAAGGAGGAAUCUGUGAACAAACACACAAGUGUGAUACAGUCUACGGGAUUGGUGUCCAAUGUGAAACCUUUAUCUUUGGUAAAUCAAGCCAAAAAGGAAACUUACCUGAAACUCAUAGUUCCUUCUCCUGAUGUACUUAAAGCAGGGAAUAAAAAUACCUCUGAAGAAUCUAGUCUUUUGACCAGUGAAUUGCGAUCCAAACGGGAACAGUACAAACAGACAUUCCCAGUGCAGUUAAAGAAACAGGAGUCAUCUAAGAGCCUGAAGAAGGUUAUUGCAGCUUUGUCAAAUCCAAAAGCAACCUCUAGUUCACCAGCACAUCCAAAACAAACAUUAGAAAACAACCACCCUAACCCGUUCUUGACAAAUGCACUUUUAGGUAAUCACCAACCAAAUGGAGUCAUUCAGAGUGUCAUUCAGGAAGCUCCUCUAGCACUCACUACCAAAACCAAAAUGCAGAGUAAGAUCGGUGAAAACAUUGCUCCUGCAAGUAGCUGCCCGUUUUCCUCACCUGUGAAUUUGAGUACAAGUGGCAGACGAACCCCUGGCAAUCAGGCCCCUAGCAUGCCCGCCGCCUCUCCCCUGCUGCAUAGUCAAGGGAAGGAAAAAGCAGGUGGCAACAACGUAAACACAGUAAAAACACAGCAUCCCUCUCAUCCUGCAAAGCCUUCAGUGGAGCAGUUCAGAGGGACCGAUUCAGACAUUCCCAGUAGUAAAGAUUCUGAAGAGUCCAAUGAGGAUGAAGAGGAUGAUGAGGAGGAAGAGGAGGAAGAAGAGGAGGAAGAUGACUCUGAUGACAGCCAAUCAGAAUCAGAUAGUAAUUCAGAAUCAGAUACAGAAGGAUCAGAAGAAGAUGAUGAUGAUGAUAAAGACCAAGAUGAAUCAGAUAGUGAUACUGAAGGAGAGAAAACUGCAAUGAAACUGAAUAAAACAACCUCCUCUGUCAAAAGCCCUUCCAUGAGUCUCACAGCUCACUCAACACCUCGUAACCUCCACAUAGCAAAAGCCGCAGGCUCUGCUUCUGCUGCCUUAUGUUCUGAGUCCCAGUCACCUGCUUUUCUUGGCACACCUUCUUCCACACUUACUUCAAGUCCACACUCUGGCACUUCCAAAAGAAGACGGAUAGCAGAUGAACGUGAGCUGCGUAUUCCUUUGGAAUAUGGCUGGCAGAGAGAGACAAGAAUAAGAAACUUUGGAGGGCGCCUUCAAGGAGAAGUAGCAUAUUAUGCUCCAUGUGGGAAGAAACUUAGGCAGUACCCUGAAGUAAUAAAGUAUCUCAGCAGAAAUGGAAUAAUGGAUAUCUCAAGGGACAAUUUCAGCUUCAGUGCAAAAAUAACAGUGGGUGACUUCUAUGAAGCCAGAGAUGGACCGCAGGGAAUGCAGUGGUGUCUUCUGAAAGAAGAGGAUGCCAUUCCCCGUGUCAGGGCAAUGGAAGGUCGUAGAGGAAGACCACCGAAUCCAGACAGACAGCGACCAAGAGAGGAUACCAGGAUGAGACGUCGGAAGGGUCGACCUCCAAAUGUUGGCAGUGCUGAAUUUCUAGAUAACACAGAUGCCAAAUUGCUAAGAAAACUGCAAGCUCAAGAAAUAGCCCGACAAGCAGCACAAAUAAAGCUUUUGAGAAAACUCCAAAAGCAGGAACAGGCUCGGGUUGCCAAAGAAGCUAAAAAACAACAAGCAAUAAUGGCUGCUGAGGAGAAGCGAAAGCAAAAAGAGCAGAUAAAGAUUAUGAAACAACAGGAAAAAAUUAAGAGAAUACAACAAAUCAGAAUGGAAAAAGAACUUCGAGCCCAGCAAAUUCUAGAGGCUAAAAAGAAAAAGAAGGAAGAAGCUGCAAAUGCCAAAUUAUUGGAGGCAGAGAAACGAAUAAAGGAAAAAGAAAUGAGAAGACAACAAGCUGUUCUUCUGAAGCAUCAGGAACGAGAGAGAAGGAGACAACAUAUGAUGCUUAUGAAAGCUAUGGAAGCUCGUAAAAAAGCAGAAGAAAAAGAACGGUUGAAGCAAGAAAAACGUGAUGAGAAAAGAUUAAAGAAAGAGCUUAAACUAGAGCAACGAAGAUUAGAAUUAGAAAUUGCAAAAGAACUAAAGAAGCCUAAUGAAGACAUGUGCUUAGCAGACCAAAAGCCUUUGCCAGAGUUGCCUCGUAUUCCAGGACUUGUUCUCUCUGGAAGUACAUUUUCCAACUGUCUCAUGGUGGUGCAGUUCUUACGAGACUUUAGUAAAGCUUUAGGCUUUGAUGUGAAUACUGAUAUUCCAAACCUGAGUGUUCUUCAGGAGGGAUUGCUGAAUCUAGGGGACAGCAUGCAUAAAGUACAAGACUUGCUUGUGAGGCUCCUGUCAGCUGCUGUGUGUGAUCCAGGUCUAAUUACAGGAUACAAGAUCUUUCUGGAGGCCCGUUGUGGACAGACUGAGCUCACCGAAAGCCUGAGGACCAAGGCCUUCCAGGCCCACACUCCGGCCCAGAAAGCCUCGGCGCUGGCCCUCCUGAUCAGCGAGCUGGCCUGCAGCAGGGGGGUGGCGAGUGAAAUUGACAAGAACGCUGAUUAUAUGUCAAACUUGAGGAGAGAUAAAUGGAUGGUAGAAGGUAAACUCCGCAAGCUCCGAAUCAUUUAUGCUAAGAAAGCAGGCAAGAGAGACACUUCAGGUGGCAUCGAUCUUGGAGAAGAGCAGCACGCGGCGGCCACCCCCACAGCAGGACGCAAGCGAAGAAGGAAGGGCGGGGACAGUGAUGACUACGACGAAGACGACGAUGACAGCGAUGACCAGGCUGAUGACGAUGAGGAGGAGGAGGAAGACAAAAAAGGAAAGAAAACGGAUGUCUGUGAAGAUGAGGAUGAAGGUGACCAAGCAGCAAGUGUUGAAGAGCUAGAAAAACAGAUUGAAAAGCUGAGUAAACAACAGAGUCAGUACAGAAGGGAGCUCUUUGAUGCGUCUCACUCUUUACGUUCGAUGAUGUUUGGCCAGGAUCGUUACAGACGUCAGUACUGGAUUCUUCCCCAGUGUGGGGGGAUUUUUGUAGAAGGCAUGGAGAGUGGUGAAGGACUGGAAGAAAUUGCAAAAGAAAGAGAAAAACUAAAAAAAGCAGAAAAUAUCCAGAUCAAAGAAGAAAUAUUUGAGACUUCUGAGGACACUUUAAAUUGUUCAAAUCCAGAUCGUUGUGGGCAAAAGGAAGAUCCUAAAGAAAAAGAUAACACAAAUCUAUUUCUUCAGAAACCUGGCUCUUUUUCCAAAUUAAGCAAGCUUCUAGAAGUAGCUAAGAUGCCUCCUGAGUCAGAUGUAAUGACCCCCAAACCAAAUAGUAGUGCAAAUGGGUGUGCACUGCCUCACCAGAACAGUGGGAAACACUCACUGGGCAGCAUACAGUCAACAGUAACACAAAACAACAUGGAAAAGACAGACUCGAAUCUGUUCGGUACUAGUUCAAGUGAUCCAGGAAAGUUCUACAGUCCUCUCCCCAGUGACCAGUUGUUAAAAACACUGACUGAAAAGAGUAGACAAUGGUUUAGCCUUUUGCCAAGAACACCUUGUGAUGACACUUCCCUUAUCCGUGCCAACGCGCCCACUGCUUCUUCAGCGACCCCUCAGUCCCACCCGCCCUCCAAGUCACCUUCGCCUGCCCCAGCUCCUCCUCUUGGACCAUCUCCUCAAAAUCCCGUUGGCCUAAACCCAUUUGCUUUAUCACCUCUUCAGAUGAAAAGUGGAGUACCUGUGAUGGGACUCCAGUUUUGUGGGGGGCCCACGGGCGUGCUUAAUUCCAGUAUUCCAUUCCUACCACCUGUCCCUAGUGUGGGAUCAGGGUUGGGACUGUCAGAAGGAAACGCUGAUGCAUUCUUGACUCCCAGUGUUGUGUCAAACAAAAGUGAAUCUCCGGUACCACAGAGCGAAAAAGUCCCUUCAACUCAACCUGCAGCUCUUGAAGUAGCCAAACCAGUAGAUUAAAAGCCUAUUCCAGAAGAAAUGCAGUUUGGCUGGUGGAGAAUUACUGACCCAGAGGAUUUAAAAGCUUUGCUCGAAGUGCUACAUCCCAGAGGAAUAAGAGAACAGGCAUUACAAAAACAAAUUCAGAAACACCUGGAUUACAUCACUCAAGCCUGCAUCGAGAAUAAGGAUGUUACCAUUAUUGAAUUAAAUGAAAAUGAAGAAAACCAGGUAACUCGAGAUAUUGUGGAGCACUGGUCAGUAGAAGAACAAGCAAUGGGAGUGGACUUGAGGAUUCUUCAGCAGGUAGAAGAUCUGGAAAGGAGAGUCGCAUCAGCAAGUUUGCAAGUAAAGGGUUGGAUGUGUCCAGAACCGGCAUCAGAGAGGGAGGACUUGGUCUAUUUUGAACAUAAGUCAUUUUCUAACUUGUGCAAGGAGCACGAUGGAGAAUUUACUGGCGAAGAAGGAAGCAGUGCGCAUGCCCUAGAGCGGAAGAGUGACAACCCCCUAGAUAUAGCUGUAACCAGGCUGUCUGGGUUGGAGCGAAACAUUGAAAGAAGGUAUCUGAAGAGCCCCUUAAGUACCACCAUUCAGAUCAAACUGGAUAAUGUGGGCACAGUUACUGGCCCUGCUCCUGCACCAUCCACUAGUGGUGAUGAUGACGGAAUUGAAGAGGCUAUUGUUCCCGGUCUCAGGGUCUGGCGACGGGCAUUAUCAGAAGCUCGCAGUGCUGCACAGGUAGCUCUGUGCAUUCAGCAGUUACAGAAAUCCAUAGCAUGGGAAAAAUCAAUUAUGAAAGCUUACUGCCAGAUCUGUCAAAAGGGCGAUAAUGAAGAACUGCUCCUCCUUUGUGAUGGCUGUGACAAGGGCUGUCAUACGUACUGCCAUAGACCUAAGAUUACAGCUAUACCAGAUGGGGACUGGUUUUGUCCAGCUUGCAUUGCUAAGGCAAGUGGUCAAACUUUAAAAAUCAAAAAACUUCAUGUCAAAGGAAAAAAGACUAAUGAGUCAAAGAAAGGCAAGAAAGUAACUUUAACAGGGGACACUGAAGAUGAAGACUCCGCGUCUGCAAGCAGUUCACUGAAAAGGGGCAGCAAAGACCCGAGAAAAAGAAAAAUGGAGGAAAACACUUGUGGUAACUUGUCAAAACAAGAAAGUUUUACUUCUGUUAAGAAACCAAAACGAGAUGACUCUAAGGACCUGACUCUUUGCAGUAUGAUCCUUACUGAAAUGGAAACUCAUGAAGAUGCAUGGCCUUUUCUACUUCCUGUAAACUUGAAACUUGUUCCUGGUUAUAAGAAAGUUAUUAAGAAGCCUAUGGAUUUUUCCACAAUUAGAGAGAAAUUAAGUAGUGGACAGUAUCCAAACCCGGAAGCCUUUGCUCUCGAUGUCAGGCUUGUUUUUGACAACUGUGAAACAUUUAAUGAAGAUGACUCUGAUAUAGGCAGAGCAGGCCACAGUAUGAGGAAGUAUUUUGAAAAAAAGUGGACAGAUACUUUCAAAGUGAGCCGAAGCUACAAUAAUCUCUCUUUUUUCCUUUUCAAUAAGGACAAAUAAGACCAGCAAUGUGAACUAUAUUUUACGUAAAUGUGCAAGGCACACGCAUAAUGACUUUGUUUUUCCUUAAAAAAAAGUAUCACAAAAAAUAAAAGUAUCAGAAGAAUGAUACCGUUUUUAAAGGCUUCACUCCUACAACAACCAAGGCCCUUGGUUAUUGGUUUGUGUGAUUUAUCAGCUAAUUUAGGUAGAACAGGGAAGCACACCCAAAGAAUUUUCAAAGGUAAGGGUGUUAUAGUGCAAUAGCAAUUAAAAUAUAUCAAAUCGCACUGAAUAUUCAACACCAGAGCUCUAAUGUGGGAAAUGGUUCUCCUUUCCCUCUCAAUAAAUAUCUAUUUUUCAUUUUUUUACUUUGUAGUUUAUUUUUUAGUGAAUGUAUUUAAUUUUAUGAAUUAUUUAUGAUUAAACCACAUCCAGAAUCUUCGUUUUCUGUGAAAAGGAAGAACUAGAAAAUUGCUUUAAAUCUUGAAAAUACAACAAGGAAUGUUUUAAAAUAUAAAACAAAGCCAAGUUAAACUGUUUACACUGAUGUGCUAUAAAAGCACCAAAAAUAAACUUUACUGUAAAGUUACAAGUACAUUUAUAUAUAUAUAUAUAUGUGUGUGUAUAUAUAUACAUAUAUAUAUAUAUGUUGCUGCAUCACUUGUGUAGUUAAAUUGUAUUUCAAGACAGUGAAGAAAAAUUGACAUGUAUAUACUGUUCAUUAUUGUUUAUAUUGAGUCUUGUUUUAAAUAUGUAUUAUGUGUACAUAUUGUUUGGAGACAUUAUUGUUUAUGCCUUAGAAGGAUUGUAGCAUUUUAUUUUAGUCUGAAGGUAAUUAUAGCUAUACAGCUUGUACAGUAAUUUCCUCUACCAACACUGUGGCGUGUCCUUGAUCUUGGUAGUGCCUGCCUUUGAAACAGGGUGUAGGGGAUAUUAGUUUUCCAUUUUUCUAUUUUGUUACAUAAUUUUAAGCCACCAAGGCCUAAAUUAAAGUAUAAUCAUUUGUAUCCAUGUGGAAUAAAAUUGUGACAAUUUCCUACACACACAGUAUUUUUUCAUAGAAACAUUUCCUUCCCAUUUGCCUUGCCUCAGAAAUAAAUUUAAAAGACAUUUGUAGCCACUGUGUUUUAUCUACUGUGUGUUGUGGUGGCCUGUUGGAGGCAGAUAGAUCAGAAUUUUUUUUUGUACCUAUGUAAGAGUAUUUGAAGUUUUAUUUAAAAUAAAAUGAUGUGCAAAAGGUAGCAUUUUUUUUUAGGAGUGUUAUUUUUCACUACUAUGUGUGGCACGGAUACAAUAAAAGACUUUUACAAACUAG